AUGGGGAUGACUUUGCCGAAGUUGUGUUGCUCGGCCGACGGACAAGGUGGAGUAGAUGUUUUCAAGUUCCCACCGAAAUCAUCAGAGACACUGUGCACUGGCCACGUCCACCGCUGGAAGAAGAGGUGGAUUCAUGUGCCGCCUAAUUCCAGCCACACCACGGCGACCAAUGGAGGUAACAACAGAUCCAAUCUCUUGCUCCUUAAGUCAACCCCCGUAGCCUCCAAUCAAGCUAAGGAUGGAAGCCAUUGCGACGAUGAUUCUGAAUCCGAUAAGGACGACGUCAUCGCAGCUUUAGAAACUCCGAGGAAGAUAUUCAA